AUGCGCAACAUGUCUACAAUAUAGCACAUCAUACUGCGUUUCGUGCUUAAAUGGUUACACUGGAACAACAUGCCGAUGUCCUCCUAACUGCAUUUGUGCGGUUGGACUUGAUAUUUGUAUUUCAUGUACAAAUGGUUAUGAAAGUCCUGAACAACAAUGCACGUGUCAAUCGAAAUAUUGUCUCGAGAAUGAAUGUGAUCAAUGUAUUAACCAGACGUUUUACGUUGAUAACAAUGCGUGCUGUUCAUGUCCUGAUCAUUGCAAAGAUGGUGUCUGCAGGAAUGGACCUGAAUGUAUUUCUGGUUGCAUGGACGGCUUUUACGGUUUGAAUUGUUCUCAAAGUUGCUUGUCCCUGAGUGCGGACUGUCUACGAUGUACUCAGACGUAUGGAAAGUGUUUGGAAUGUAAAGACGGUUUUUAUCCAAACGAUUAUGGAAGCUGCAUAAAUUGCAGUAUUAGCUGUAUGGGUGGGCUUUGCAAUUCUGCGAAAGUAAAUGGCUGCAUCAAUGGUCUUGAAGACAAAGAUUGCUCAGAACGACGAAUUUACAUUGGUUCUUCAACAAUAAGUGCCCUCUCAGCUUUAUCGGUAGUUUUGGGCAUUUCGCUUAUUUGCACAGCUGCUGGUUGCUAUCUGUGUAACAGACGAAUGUCUAAACCAACAGAACCGGAAGAUCAGCUUGAAACUGAGAUGACCUAUGAACAGCUACAAAGACAGGCAAACGAACCAACAUACACGAAUGCUGACGAAAAUUAUUCCGUGCUUUCAACGUAGAAGUUAAAAACAGUUUUUGCAUGAGAGAAUGAGUAUAACGAGAUUUUGCAUUUUUAUUCUGAACUUUAAGAAACAUUCAGGUUUGGUUUUACACCUGUUGCCAGUAGAUAUAAAUUUGCAGUCGUAGUAUUAAUAUGUAUCGAGAAUUGAUUAUAUUUAAUUUCAGAACAAUAUAUCCAGUGUGUACAUCAUUUAACGUUAUGUAUGUAUAUAUUUUCGUCAUACAUGUAACACUACAUGUUUAGGACGUCCUGUUUUGUGCCCGAAUGCUCUAAACACUCUGUAAAUGUGGUUACCCUUACACUAUAACAUGGUCAUUGAUACGUAUUAGGCUGCUGGGCUUAUCCAGUAAAGUAAAACAUAGUUACCUUUCUGACAAUAUGAAUCUUAUAUUGUAGACCUCCAUCCAAAUACACAC